AUGUGGCAGUGCCUGGAUGGAGUGAAGCACCUACUUGGCGUGCUCCUCAAGUGCUGCGACAUCGACCUCAAGCAGCCCAAGGGCCUCGAGGAUCCGGAGGUGCUUGCUAGGGAGACCGUGUUUAGCGUGAGCGAGGUCGAGGCGUUGUAUGAGCUGUUCAAGAAGAUCAGCAGUGCCGUGAUUGAUGAUGGGCUGAUCAACAAGGAGGAGUUUCAGUUGGCGUUGUUCAAGACUAAUAAGAAGGAAAGUUUGUUUGCUGAUCGUGUAUUUGACUUAUUUGAUACAAAACACAAUGGAAUUCUUGGAUUUGAAGAAUUUGCCCGGGCACUCUCAGUAUUUCAUCCCAAUGCUCCCCUGGAUGAGAAGAUUGAGUUUUCAUUCCAGCUAUAUGACCUCAAGCAACAAGGCUUCAUUGAAAGACAGGAGGUAAAGCAAAUGGUUGUUGCUACACUUGCGGAGUCAGGAAUGAAUCUUUCAGAUGAGGUCAUAGAGAGCAUCAUUGAUAAGACUUUUGAGGAGGCAGACACAAAGCAUGAUGGGAAAAUUGACAAAGAAGAAUGGCGCAAUUUAGUAGUGAGGCAUCCGUCUUUAUUGAAGAACAUGACACUACAAUAUCUCAAACAUCUUGGCGCUGCGUCACUGACCAAGUGCGCCUCUGCCAGACGGCCGACGGCCAGCACCGCAGUUCGCAGGGCCGCUGGUGCCCUCUCUUGUCUGGCAGCAACAGCAGCACAGCCCGGAGUCGCCCAAGCCCCCUGUCCCUGCUGCACAGUCUGCCACUGCCCCUCGCUGUUGCUGUGGGCAAGGCAAAGUGCUCUCCCGUUCUCAAUGGGGCACAGUUUCUUUUCGAUGCACCAGAUAGCCUCUCGCUCGGGUUUGCUUGGUAGGAGAUGGUACAGCUCUGCCACGAAGGGGGGCCCUUCGAUUGCUGGCGUAGGCGACAUCAUUGCUGUCGCAUCAGGCAAAGGUGGUGUAGGCAAGUCCACCACUGCAGUUAACAUUGCUGUAGCACUUGCCAAGGAGUUUAAGCUUCAGGUUGGUUUGCUAGAUGCUGACAUAUAUGGACCAUCCAUUCCCACAAUGAUGAAUCUCCAUGCUAAGCCUGAAGUAAGUGAAGACAUGAAGAUGAUUCCAGUUGAGAACCAUGGUGUGCGAUGCAUGUCCAUUGGUUUUCUUGUAGACAAAGACGCACCAAUUGUUUGGAGAGGUCCUAUGGUGAUGAGUGCUCUUGAGAAGAUGACAAGGGGAGUUGCUUGGGGGGACCUUGAUAUUCUUGUUGUUGAUAUGCCCCCAGGCACUGGUGAUGCUCAACUAUCGAUGUCCCAAAGGCUUCGGUUAUCUGGUGCUUUAAUUGUUUCAACUCCUCAAGAUAUUGCUCUUAUUGAUGCUAGAAGAGGAGCCAACAUGUUCCGCAAAGUUCAAGUUCCUAUUCUGGGAUUGGUUGAGAAUAUGAGUUGCUUUAAGUGCCCAAAAUGUGGUGAGAAAUCUUACAUCUUCGGGGAAGGUGGAGCACAGAGAACUGCAGAGGAAAUGGACAUGAAAUUACUUGGUGAUGUACCUCUUGAAAUCAGCAUCAGAACAGGUUCAGAUGAAGGCAAGCCUAUCGUUGUGUCAUCACCAAACUCUGCAUCAGCGCAGGCGUACGUAAAUGUUGCUGAGAAGGUGACUCAAAGGCUCAAUGAGCUAGCAGAGGAGCGACGGAUGGGCCCAGAAAUCUUACUUUGA